CCCCAGGCGGUAGCGGCGGCGGCGGCAGCAGUGGCGACAUGAGCAGCGGGGCGGCGUCCGGGACGGGGCGGGGGCGGCCCCGGGGCGGGGGGCCGGGGCCCGGGGACCCCCCACCCAGCGAGACACACAAGCUGGUGGUCGUGGGCGGCGGCGGCGUGGGCAAGAGCGCGCUGACCAUCCAGUUCAUCCAGUCCUACUUCGUGUCUGACUACGACCCCACCAUUGAAGACUCCUACACGAAGAUCUGCACCGUGGAUGGCGUCCCGGCCCGGCUGGACAUCCUGGACACUGCGGGCCAGGAGGAGUUCGGUGCCAUGCGGGAACAGUACAUGCGCGCCGGCCACGGCUUCCUGCUGGUGUUUGCCAUUAACGACCGGCAGAGUUUUAACGAGGUAGGCAAGCUCUUCACGCAGAUCCUCCGAGUCAAGGACCGCGACGACUUCCCCAUCGUGUUGGUCGGAAACAAGGCAGAUCUGGAGACACAGCGCCAGGUCCCCCGAUCUGAAGCCUCUGCCUUCAGCGCCUCCCACCACAUGGCCUACUUCGAGGCCUCGGCCAAACUGCGCCUCAACGUGGACGAAGCCUUCGAGCAGCUGGUGCGGGCCGUCCGGAAGUACCAAGAACAAGAGCUCCCGCCCAGCCCGCCCAGUGCCCCCAGGAAGAAGGACAGGGGCUGCCCCUGCGUCCUCCUGUAGCCUGGGCGUGAGAGGAGCAACCAACACGAGCUCUCGGGACCAGCUGCCUUCGCCAAGCCUCAGUUUCCCCAUCUGGGUCUCCCAGGAUACACUACACCCCCUCCCGUAAUUCCUGGCCUCCUCCGGGCCACUGCCACUGUGUGCCUUCUGCCAACGCCUCCUUCCCCCACCCGAGCCCCUGGUGGGGGUGAGGGGCUCCCGGGCAUCCGGGUCACUGCUGUAUAUAACUCCCCUCCCCAGAGAAAUAAACGUCACUGCCAAAGUCAAAA